AUGAAGGUUGGUGUGUUAGUGAGUUUGUGCUUUAUAGUAGGAUGCUUUUUUAAGGAAGUAGAUAGCCAAUAUAACGAACAACGAAAAGGUCCAAGAAGACUUUUCGGUGGUUAUCGGAUAACGCCUAGGUACUGCAAAGCGACGCAGAAGCACUCGCCUUCGAACGGCGGGCCCAACAUAUGCAUGUUCAACCACGAAUGCAGGCAAAAGGAGGGCGUAGUGGUGGGAGCCUGCAUGGACGGGUUCCUGUUCGGAGCGUGCUGCCAAUUAAAGAAAGGAUCCAGCGUGGGGGAGUACCUAGAUCAGGGAUUUCUAUCGACCAGCAGGCCCAUCGAUAUCACUUCAUUAGGCGUAUCGCACAUCGCUCAAACUCUACUAAACGCCGGCGUGAGCCCAACAAACGUGGAAAUCAACAGCGCGUCCGCGGCUACUUCCACCGAGGCCACGAAAACCACGAUUUUGAAUCACGUGAAUAGCAUAAUUAAGGAUUACCUGAAGCCUAUUAGCGAUAGAACGCCUCCUGCUGGGGUGUAUUCCAGCACGCCCGUGUUGGCUAUUUCGCUUUCGAACGCUCCCUUAGAGUACACGACAGCUAGCGAUUUUACUAGACCAAAGCCCGUGAAGCCUAACGACAGUAACUACAUAAGAGUACCGACUAUAACGCACGAUACCUCCAAAAACAGCACCCAAGACGCGAUCGAGUUCUCCACAACGCAGGAUUCUCACACCGAAGUGGUCAUCACGUCGCGCAAACCCCCAUCUACCUCUUAUGUUUUCAGCACGACCAUACCCCCUAAAAGAACGACGUUUAUGUUUAGCAGGAAACCCACCACCAAAUCGACCAAGAAACCGUCGACUUUCGUCAGUUCUUCUACUAAAACCACGUGGGCUUACUCGCCCAGCGCGUUCGUAACGUCCGCGAAACCGCCUUCGACUUCGUAUGUAUACAGUUCGUCGCCCACCAGGCGGCCGCCGCCUUCGACUUUGAGUUCGUAUCUAGCAGGACCAUCGUACAGCGUCAGUUCCAAUCCAAUAUCUAGUACAUUUUCCACGCCAGCACCCACCAUCAUCGUCCUGGGACCUCUAUCGACGGACGCCGAAACGGAGAAACCGAAUCCGGUCUCGUACGAACACUAUCCGGUGACUGUUCAAAGACCCACGGCCCUUCCGAACAAGAAGAACCCCAAUCCGGUGAAUCAUGUAACCAUUAACCAGCAUUUAGUGCAAAAUAUAUACAGCACCACGUCGAGGCCUUACGUUACUGGCAGCUCACCGGAAAGACCGUCUCCUACUGUACUGAUAACGCCUAAACCGAGCAUUUCUUCACCGGAUUAUUCGGAUACUGUAGAAGUGGGAACUCUACCUUCAUCGCCUGAUGAUUUGAUCAAUUUCCCGCCCGUCAGAAACCCCAAUUUGAACAUGUCCCAUUUCCCGUCGUUGGGCGAAAACGACAUAACAACGCCCAGCUUCAUCGAAGACGAAUCUUUGAACGCUAACGUGGAAUUGUUCGUGAAUCAGGUGAUCCAAGGACUGAAAGAGCCCUUUCAAGGCCUAAGGGACGUAGUGAGCAACCGAAAAAACAUUACGCAACUCCCUAUCGGCACAACGGUAAAGCCUACGACAAGAAAACCCACGAAGGCGAGUACAGUAAGCAAGAAACCGGUUACAACGAGACCGGCAGGUACCAAUACUAGACUCACCACUACUUUAAGACCCGUCACCACCACGAAAUCGCCUAACAGACGGACUACUGUUACAGUAGGUACCACCAAAAGGCCUACUAACACUAAGCCCACGGUUAAUAAGAAAACCAAACCGACGAAAAAACCCGCUACGACUAUACACAAUUAUAUCGAACAUUCGACGGAAUACGUCGCCAUCGACCCGGAAGAUUACAGAACAGAAUGCGGCAAGAGGCCGUUAAUCCGAACGGCGAAAAUCGUCGGCGGCAAGGGCGCCGUCUUCGGCGAGUUCCCCUGGCAGGUGCUCGUCAGAGAGUCCACGUGGCUCGGCCUCUUCACCAAGAACAAGUGCGGCGGCGUCCUCAUCAGCCACAAGUACGUCAUGACGGCGGCCCAUUGUCAGCCCGGCUUCCUCGCCUCCUUGGUGGCCGUCUUCGGCGAAUUCGACAUCUCCGGCGACCUGGAGAAGCGCCGGCCGCUCAGCAGGAACGUCAAGCGCGUCAUCGUCCAUCGACAGUACGACGCCCAGACCUUCGAAAACGAUCUGGCCAUACUCGAAUUGGACCAGCCCGUCCAAUUCGACCAACAUAUUAUACCGAUUUGCCUGCCACGCGACGAAGAGGACUUCACCGGUCGGAUGGCGACGGUCACAGGUUGGGGUAGGUUGAAGUACGGGGGCGGCGUGCCGUCGGUUCUGCAGGAGGUGCAGGUGCCCAUUAUGGAGAACCACGUGUGUCAGGAGAUGUUCCGGACGGCGGGCCAUUCGAAGGUGAUACUGGAGUCGUUCCUGUGCGCUGGCUACGCCAACGGGCAGAAGGAUUCCUGCGAGGGGGACUCCGGGGGGCCGUUGGUGUUGCAGCGGCCUGAUGGAAGGUACCAACUGGCGGGGACGGUGUCUCAUGGUAUCAAAUGCGCGGCGCCCUAUUUGCCGGGGGUUUACAUGAGAACGCAGUACUUCAAGCCGUGGAUAACGUCGGUGACCGGCGUGGCGGCUCCGUAGAGUGGAAAUCUGGUUUAUUAGGAUUUUAUUCGUUGUUUCUAAAAGCGAUGUGCAGUUUAAAAAUAGUAGAAAAAAAUGUUCCUGAUGUGGCAUAUCUUUUUUAACGAUAAAGUGAAAAGGUAAUCAAAAUUUUCAUCUGAAUACGCUGG